AUGGUUCUGAACUCGGAGAGGAUAGCACUUGCUUCGCUCGUCCAAGCGUGGAUUUCCUUUUACAGUCUGAUUUUGAUGACCCUGCACGGACUUUUUGCUCAUAAUAAUUUUAUUCCACGAGAGUUUCCCGUUGUGUUUGAUGUUCUAUCUCCGUCCAGAUUUUUGGGUAUAAAAGGAGAGUUGUAUUCUCCUCUGAAUCCCAUCUCCCCAUCACAUCCCACUCCCACUCCCACUCCCUCACUUCUCUCAUCCUCUUUCUUCUAUCAUCCUCCUUGCCAUCUGGCGGUCCGGGAUAUCGGCGGCGCGUCAAGGUCCCCUGCUCAUUUGUUAAUUCGUGAUUCCGUGACUUUUGCCACACUGCCAGCGUUUCCUUGUACCGUCAUGUUCGAGUUCGAGCUGGAAGGCUGGUAUCCCUUGCAUCCGCAUAGCUACAGGCUGAACGACCAAGUAUCACUUUGCUUAACGCAUUUGUCCUUUCUUCGACUAGAGAAGGCGACGAAUGAGACGAUUAGGCCAUUUAUAUGGUACGAGAACCUAUAUGGCACUUAUAAAGAGGGAGAACAAACUACCGAUGUGCUAGUGGAAUCUUUUUAUGUGAGUGAUUCUCGAAAGCAGCCUUCCCUUAAGAUGUUGCAGGUGGACGUGCAGGCAGCUGAGAGGUCGCCGAAAUGA